AUGCUUGAAAGCUUUAGGGAGAAAGAUGCGGACAACAUAACCACAAUGAAAGACGACUACAGGUUUCCAUACCCGGCACUCCGUAUUGUUGAAGCGGUCAGCGGCUAUGAUGCACCCAUCCCGACGACAAAUACUUCAUCCACGGAACGGGUACCUAUUCUCCCAUUGAAGCUUGGGGAAUCAUCAUUAAAGUGCCCUGUACAAAACUAUCAUGAUUUCUUUGGUCUCGAUAACGUCGAAUGCUUUUUCCUGGUUGAUCACCAUGGCUACGAUCACACCAUUGAGGAGGAAAAGGUGCCGGUGCUAUGGUAUAAGUGGACAGGAGAGUCUCUUGUCCGCAUCAACCAAGAACUUCCUUCCAAAAUACAGCGAAAACUAAGGAAGUGGCCAUUUACAUGGGAGGGGAGGAAGUUCCGUCGGCCGAAAAGGCCAGAUGGAGAAUGCGAAUUGGUAACCCAUCGCCGGCUUCUAAUGUCAAAGCUCCUUCUUGGCAUACCUAUUUUUGACGAGGAUAUCAAGUUCCUAAGGGAGCACCCAGAACAUGCCCAGUGGCUCAAGGAUCACAUGGAGCGUCAAUUAUGGGCUAAGGUAGAGCUAUAUUGUGAUAUACCUGGUGAAUCAGAGCAAUAA